AUGGAUGCCUUGACGUCGGAGAUACAAGAAGAGGCACCCUGGUGCUUGCUAUUUGCAGAUGACAUUGUGCUCGUUGGUGAGGAGGAGGCUGGGAUACAGAGUAGAUUGGUGAUGUGGCAGCAAAAGCUGGAAAGCGCGGGCUUAAAAAUUAGUGUUUCCAAAAUGGAAUACAUGUUUUGUGAUUUUGGCGGUCUUUCCGGCUCUGCAGCCAUAUCACUAAAUGGUGCUCCAUUACCGAUCUGCUCCGAUUUCCGGUAUCUAGGUUCUCUCCUCCAAAGCAAUGGUGAAUUAGACAGGACCAUAAAGCAUAGAAUUAACGCAGGAUGGAUGAAGUGGUGGCAGGUUACAGCAACGACGUGUGACUCGCAUGUUUCUCUUAAGCUUAAGGGGAAAAUUUAG